CGGGAGGGGGGCGGGGAGAAAGGGUAACGGCGGCUGGACGGGCCUGAGGUGCCGCCAUGGAGAGCGCGAACCAGGAUAUCAACCUUAACUCUCCCAACAAAGGUCUGCUGUCGGAUGCCAUGACAGAUGUUCCCGUGGAUAGCGCGGCUGCGGCCAGGACCUCUGCGCCCGAAGGGCUGACUCUUGCUGAAGAGGAGGAGUUGAGAUCCGAGCUCGCCAAGGUUGAAGAAGAAAUUGGUACUCUCAGGCAAGUUCUGGCUGCUAAAGAGAGGCACUGUGGAGAGCUGAAGAGGAAGCUAGGUUUGACUCCCUUGGAUGGGUUAAAGCAAAACCUGUCUAAAAGCUGGCACGAUGUCCAAGUCUCCAAUGCUUAUGUGAAAACAUCUGAGAAACUUGGAGAGUGGAAUGACAAAGUGACACAGUCUGACUUUUAUAAGAAGACCCAGGAAACCCUUUCCCAGGCAGGACAGAAGACUUCAGCAGCGCUUUCCAAUGUAGGUUCUGUUAUCAGCAGGAAACUUGGUGACAUGAGGGCUCACCCCUUCUCGCAUUCCUUUAGCAGCUACUCCAUUCGCCACUCGAUAAGUAUGCCAGCGAUGAGGAAUUCUGCAACCUUCAAGUCAUUUGAAGAUAGAGUUGGGACCAUAAAGUCCAGAGUGGUGGGCAGCAGGGAAAAUAGCACUGAAGGCCUCCACUCCCCCUCGGGAGCUGGAGACAAGCCUCCACAAGACAACGCUCCUUUCUAGACCUGCGAUGUGGCUUUGCACGGCUGUGCACAACUGUAAGAGCAAGCCCCUGCCCUCCCAAGUCUUCACAACAGCAACAACAUGCGAAUCCAAGAAGGGGCUGAGAGCCAGUCUGGAGAGAUCCAUCAUUCAUUCAUAGACACUGCUGCUGGAUCCAAGUCAAAUAAAGAGAAUGCAAAGUUUUGUACACAAAUAAUAUUUUACACUAAAGUUUGUAGAUUAAAUGUAUCACUGCUGUCCUUUUGGGAGAGCAUGUAAGAUGGAGUUUCCUUAAAGCAGCUCAGAAAUGCCACUGUUGCAGAUGAGAACAGUUUUCCCUUGUCUGACAUAACUUGGAACAGAUACAUUGCCCUGAGCAGUGUGAGGAGGGCAGCUACUGGAGAAGCCAAGUGCAUGGGCUUCUUAGCUUCAGCUUCUGGCUAUGUUCUCUGUUCAGGGCAUGCCAUGCAGCUACUCGGUGAGCUCCCAGGCUUCUCCCGUUACUGUUUUCGCUGGCUCUCAUUGGAGCAGUCUUGUAAAUGGGGUAAACAGUUGGGUUUUUUUCUGGGCUCCCAAAAGGAAAACUUCACUUAGCAGCUGCCUCGUUGUUACACUAAUGCUCUAGCUUUAACAAAACUAAAAAUCUUUAUUUUUAAAUGCAAUGAACUUUAAAGAAAUAAAGCUUAAAAAAAAAAAAAAAAGGAAGCUUCGGCAUCAUAUUAGGGAAAUGCUCCCUUGGACUCUGAAACUGAAUUGCAAGCCUUACAUCACCUUAUGCUUUACUUGUUUAUGAUUUUUUUUUUUUCUAUAGAGAAGACUGUAAGGGUUAUAAAGCUGAAUGUUGAGCACUGGAGUUUUGCAUCAUACAGUAGUAGCAGCAUGCUUAUAAGCCAGUUCUUGUGUUAAAUUCAGUGGUGCACUCCAUUUCCUGAGUGUAUGAAACUUGCUUCUCCCUUCUCAGUUUAUGCCUUCGUUCUUGGAGGAAGAAUUUCUGAAGGCUGCUAGCAACAGGGCCAGAUUAAAAAGGCCAAAGCUGUCUCUAGCAAUACGGACACUAUGUUGGAGGGACUCUGCUCUGUUCUCUGUGGGCUCCUCCAUCUGGUACAUCUGACUGUGACUGGAUGGGUUUUUCAAUUGAAAGCCCCAGCUCUAAUCUUGGUUUACAAAACUGGCAGAGAAUCACGGAGCUCAACCAGUUCCCCCAGGGGCUGGAUGUUUUACUCUUUUGAUGUCCAACUUCAUUGCUCAGGAGCUGAAAAAUUCCAAGUUUUCUUCUAGACGCCUGAUCUUAUUCUAGGCAAGGUGCCUCCACAUAGAAAUACCUAGAGUGAGCAGUUCUGUGCCUUGGAGGCGAAGUGGCACUUACUCAGGUCUUUAGACUUGCUUAUGUACAUAUCUGGGUAGUUUUAGUGGUUUAUCACCCUGGAGGGACUGAUCCGUCUCUGACCCUUCUUUAGAGAAGCAAGUUUUGACACUUACCUGCUGAUUAAUCUCCGUUUCCCCCACCCCUGCUCCCCUCCCUCUGCAGACCUGGGGAUGCGGGAUGAAAUAUUAGAAGGCAGAUGUACUAGGCAGUAGGUGGAGUGUAGAGUGUCAUUUACUGGCACUCCUUGUUUGACUGAAACUGGCCUCCCUGUGAGGAACAGAGCCAGUGAAAUGGGGACUGCUGGAGCUUGAGUAUUGAACUGUUUCUCUAUAUGGAUAAAUAGUGAGGAAACUUGUCAAUAAAGCGUUCCUUUGGGA